UUAUCUCGCGUACUUCUGUAGUUAAUUGUUAUAUUAUUGUAUUAUUUUUAAUUUUACCUGUUAGAUAACACAUGGGUCGAUAAUCGUAAAUUGAUAUUCAUGAGCGCAGGCGUUAAUCUUCUUCUCAUCAUUCUGUAACAAUAAUAUUAUAAUAAUUAUAAAAACCUUUGUCAAAACGUAGUAGUAAAUCGACUGACGGAGUAAUAUGUUAGAGAAUCGCCCUGUAAAACAAUAACAAUAAAUAAUAAUCACAAUCAAUCUUUGGGCGAUCGAGCCAUUUUUUUAUCGCGAUUCUUGUCAUCUAACAUUAAUCGUUAUUGACGACAUUAUACUGUGCACUUACGUAUUCGUUUUCGUUCAGAGACGGCUCACAAGUGCAUAACGAACAGGUUGAGUGAGGGCCGCGCCUUAUAGGUACGCGACGGCGACGAUGUAAUUACGUUCCAUUUUUUUUGCAAUUUACGCGACUAACAGUAUUUUUUUGGUGUUUGCUCCUACGAUCGUUUUGACGGCGAUCAAACACUAUGAACGGUGCGCAGGAUAAUGCUAGAUAUGAUGGACUCAAUGACCAGUCUAAUCUGUCAAGCGGACCAAACAAUGUGGAUCAAUACAACGAUUCCGAAGCAGAUUUGUUAUUGGACAAUGAAGAAGAAUACAUUCAUCCUUAUUCGGAAGAAUAUGUACUUUUGGAGAGGAAGAUGCGUAAUAGAUUAUCUUUUUUCUUUAUGAAUCCAAUUGAAAAAUGGAAAACAAGAAGGAGGUUUCCAUACAAAUUUGUAAUCCAAAUUAUCAAAAUAAUAUUGGUUACGCUUCAACUUUCAUUAUUUGCUCAUACUCGCUACAGUCAUGUAAACUAUACAUGGGGAAAUAGAAUUACAUUUUCACAUUUAUUUAUUAAAGGAUGGGAUCCAGCACGAGAAAUAGUCUCUUAUCCACCUGCACUGGGACCCCUAGCUAUUUAUAAUAUUGAAUCAUUUUAUUCAACAAUUAACUAUGCCGUGGUUGGUUAUGCUAACAUCAGUAACGCAAUUGGAUCAUACUCAUAUCUAAGCGAAGAUAGUAAAGUUGUGGAUCCAAUAUUUUGUACUGUUCAUUAUAAAGAAGGUAGUGUGUUUGGUUUCAACGAAAGUUAUACCUUUGAUGGAGAAAUAAUACAAGAAUGCCUGAAUAUCACUAUAACAGAUGAUAUAAAAACUAAAGGAUUUUCAAUCAAAGAUUAUCUAAUUCAACAAAAUAAGACAAUCUAUUUUUCAUCUUUAUUAAAAGCUAAAUUAAAAUUUGCAUUAAAAACUGUUAACUUCAGAGUUGCUGGAAAGUAUUCACCUCCUGAUUGUUACAAAUUCGAAAUUCAAAUAACAUUAAACAAUGAAGAUAUGGAUGGUCAAGUGCUGGUAGACUUGGAUGUAAAUCCUUUUAGGCUAAAUUGUAGAGGUAGCGUUGAAUACAUCAUCGAUAACAAAGUCGAGUCAUUUUUGAGGAGCGUAUUAAAUUAUUUUGUUAUCAUAGUGUGUACUAUUUCAAUGAUACUAUGUACAAGGGCUAUAUUGAGAGCACAACUACUGAAAUAUGAAACAGUAAGGUAUUUUGAAGACAUGCUAAAGUCAACAUUGAGUUAUAAAGCACGAUGGGAGUUUUGGAAUUUGUGGUAUAUAAUGAUAAUCAUCAAUGACAUACUGAUUAUAUGUGGUUCAGGAACAAAGGAAAGAAUAGAAAAAAAGCAAUUUAUUGGCGACCAAUGGAAUUUAUGUAGUGUAUUACUUGGAACUGGAAAUUUGCUGGUCUGGUUUGGAGUUCUUAGAUAUCUAACAUUCUUUAAAACUUACAAUGGUGUAAUAUUAACAUUACGGCAAGCUUUUCCAAACACUUCUAGGUUCAUUUUAUGUGCGAUUCUAUUGUAUGCUGGCUUCACAUUUUGUGGUUGGUUGGUAUUAGGACCUUAUCAUAUGAAAUUCCGGUCGUUGGCAAGUACAUCUGAAUGCUUAUUCUCUUUAAUCAAUGGAGAUGAUAUGUAUGCCACAUUUACAAUCAUGGCUACAAAAUCCUCAUUGCUGUGGUGGUUUAGUCGUUUGUACUUAUAUUGCUUUAUAAGUCUGUUUAUUUAUGUGGUUAUCAAUCUCUUUCUAUCGGUAAUCAUCGACUCCUAUGAAACAAUUAAGAACCAACCACCCGAUAAUAAACCCAAAACUGACCUGGAACAGUUUAUGGUUGAAGGUACAUUUCCUACAUCAUCAUUUGAUAUAACAGAAGAGACUGAUAAUUGGGCACAAGUAUCAUUUGCCCAAACAGUUAGGAGAAUAUUUUGUAGUUUUUGUAUCGAUUUCAAAAAUUUACGCCAAACAUGUUUGUUUAUUAAUCAAAGAAGCCGACAUUUAAUUAUUUGAUAUGAAGAUGGCUAUCUAUUUAAUUUUAUAUUUUCGUUACCAAUAUUUAUUAUUAUCUAAACUCUAUAUUUUAUACACAUAUUAUAGAUGUUUAUUAUACUACAUAUAUAUUAUAGACUGAUUCACUGUGUAUCCUUUCCUAACUGCACUUCACUAAUUGAACUAUAAUUAUUAAAUUAAUUUAGUCACAAGAUAGUGAUCUAGUAGGAAUAUAAGAUAAACUACUAUCAUAGGUACAUUAUGUUUAAUACUUAAUUUCAUUCAAUUUUUGUUAAAAAUGUUUAUGAUUAAACACGUUUUUGUUUUUGUUUUGUUUGGUAAAUAAUGUGAGAGGACAGACACAAUAAUCAAUAUUGCUUUCAUGUGGCGUUCCUAAAAGUCAAUUAUUGUUAACCUAAAUUUAAUUAUGCAUACUGUUUUAAUCUACCAUAUGAACUAUAUUAUAAUGUUCAAUUAAUUGUUUGGUAAUGCAUGUCAUAAAGUUUUUUUUAAAUUAUAAAUUACAUUAUAUUAUACAUCUUUGAAUUAAAAUAAACAUGAAUUGUUGUAA